UUCGCCCCUCCCCGCCCCGCGUGGAGCGUCCUCCCGGGCCCGCGGAACCCGAGGCACUGCCAGCGUUCCGAGGCAGGCUCUCCCGAUGGCCUGCUGCCAGGAGGUGAGCGUGUCCGGCUACGAGGAGUUCACGCAGGCGGUGGAGCAGCACAGGGGCAAGACCAUUUUCGCCUACUUUUCUGGUUCUAAGGAUGCCGAAGGGAAAAGCUGGUGCCCCGACUGCGUGCAGGCUGAACCAGUCGUACGAGAGGGGCUGAAGCAUGUUGGUGAAGGAUGUGUGUUCGUCUACUGCCAAGUAGGAGAAAAACCUUACUGGAAAGAUCCAAAUAAUGACUUCAGGAAAAAACUGAAAUUAAGUGCAGUGCCUACACUACUUAAAUAUGGAACACCUCAAAAACUGGUAGAAUCUGAGUGUCUUCAGGCCAACCUCGUGGAGAUGUUGUUCUCUGAAGAUUAAGAUCUGAUGAUGGCAAUUGUGUGUUUAAUUUCCUCAUUUGCUCCUGUAUAAAAGAAACUGCAUACUUGCUUUGAAUUCAUGUUAACGAUAAGUAAAUAAAUGAUGAUGUAAAAAACUGGUGUAUGUCUAAAUAAUUGAGUGCUAUUAAAAUGCUCAUGAA